AUGGACGACGCUUCGAUGGAAAAUCUCUCUCUGCCGGGAGCCUUCAACAGCUCCCCUACAGAGCAAAUGGAUAUCACCUCCAGCGACGACGUCACCCGCAAUCAUCCAGGACCGUCCCAGACUCCCCAAUCCCCUACAGAGCAAAUGGAUAUCACCUCCAGCGACGACGACGCCCGCAAUCAUCCAGGACCGUCCCAGACUCCCCAAUUACAGUCCCAGAUUCUCAAACCACAAGAAUCGGGCAAGCGAAAAAGGAGUGAUCAUGAAGAGAUAUCGUCGAGAAAGUUAAUUGCAGUCGAGCCUGAGUAUCUUCAAGAACUCGAGUUCGCGGUUGAUGAGUUGACUAAGAAGCUCAAAUCGAAGGAUAAAGAAAUAAAGCGCCUUCAGAGCAUAGAGCCGAGCGUCAACGAUUUGAAAGAUGCUGAAAUUCGACACCUUCGCGUUGUAGAGCAAAAGGUUGAGACUUUGAUUAUUGGAAAGAUAUAUAUAUCCAAAGAGAAAUCGGCGUCUGAUGGGGCAUAUAAGACCUUACAAUCCCAAUUCGAAGACUAUAAACGAGUACGUUUCCCAGGCUUCAUGUUAUCGUACCUGCGUUUAAGCAUCGAACAGGACGUGGAUCGCCAACAUAAAGAAGCAUCCCGUGCUAAAGAGCACGAAAUGUCUGAGCUGGAAGCAAAGUUCAAACAACAAAUCGAAGAACUCCAAAUUCAUCAUGACCGUACGGUGGAGGAAUUAAACAAAAAGGUUGAAUCCCAGUCUCUUCAGAUUUCAUCUCUGGUGGAAGACAGUCUUGAAGAAUCAGAAACUGCGAAAAUAUUGCUAAAUGAACCCAAUGGAGAGGGGUCCAAUAUCUUGGAAGAGGACACGUCCCAUAUCAAGGAGCUCGAGGAUUCGAAUAUGGCGUUUACGGAGCAAAUAACUGCUUAUGAGGCUCAGAUAGCGAAGCUCAAUGCUGAUUUGGAGGAGCAGAAGGCGGAGUCGUCAAAGCUAACGCAUGCUGUUCAGGAGCUUGAGGGACAGUCUGUCGAUGGUAUCAGCAAGCAGGAGCGUAUCACGGAACUUGAAGCUCUUGUGAGGGCGAAGACGACCGAACUUGAAGAGUUGAAGCACUCUACCUCUCACGCCCAAGACCUUGAAAAUCGCAUCAACGAACUACAGGCUCGUCUUGGGGAGUUCGAAAGAGAACGGGAGGGACAGUCUAUUGAUGGUAUCAGCAAGCAGGAGUGUAUCACGGAACUUGAAGCUCUUGUGAGGGCGAAGACGACCGAACUUGAAGAGUUGAAGCACUCUACCUCUCACGCCCAAGACCUUGAAAAUCGCAUCAACGAACUACAGGGUUCUCUCCAGGAGUCUGACAGCGAAAGGGAGAAAUUGAUUCAAGCACAACAAUCAUCAAGCCAUCGCAAGAAUGUUUUAGCUUCAGAACUCCAAACUGUGCGCGAAAAGCGCAGUGAGCAAAUUAAAACGCUUACUGCCCAAGUGCAACUCCUCGAAAACGAAUUGUCCGGAAAUCAAACUGCACUUAAAGAUCAAGAUCAGGAGCUGGAGAGACUGCGCGCGGCGUCUACCCAGCGUAGGACCGCUGACGAGGCUGAGAUAGCGAAGCUCAAUGCUAAUUUGAAGGCGCUCAAGGAUUCGCAACAGUCAUCCGCUGAUCGUGGUGCCUUGGACGCCGACCACAUUCAAAAGCUUGAAGCUCAGUUGACGGCACAGACAAAUAGGGUUCAACAGCUCGAGAUAAUGAACGCAGCCUCUAUCGAGAAUGCGUCUGCUUACGAGACUCGUGUAAAACAACUUGAGUCUGAUUUGGAGGCGCAGAAGGCGAAGUCGUCAAAGCUGACGCGUGCUGUUCAGGAGCUUGAGGGACAGUCUGUCGAUGGUAUCAGCAAGCAGGAGCGUAUCACGGAACUUGAAGCUCUUGUGAGGGCGAAGACGACCGAACUUGAAGAGUUGAAGCACUCUACCUCUCACGCCCAAGACCUUGAAAAUCGCAUCAACGAACUACAGGCUUGUCUUGGGGAGUUCGAAAGAGAACGGGAGGGACAGUCUAUUGAUGGUAUCAGCAAGCAGGAGCGUAUCACGGAACUUGAAGCUCUUGUGAGGGCGAAGACGACCGAACUUGAAGAGUUGAAGCAUUCUACCUCUCACGCCCAAGACCUUGAAAAUCGCAUCAACGAACUACAGGCUCGUCUCCAGGAGUCUGACAGCGAAAGGGAGAAAUUGAUUCAAGCACAACAAUCAUCAAGCCAUCGCGAGAAUGUUUUAGCUUCAGAACUCCAAACUGUGCGCGAAAAGCGCAGUGAGCAAAUUAAAACGCUUACUGCCCAAGUGCAACUCCUCGAAAACGAAUUGUCCGGAAAUCAAACUGCACUUAAAGAUCAAGGUCAGGAGCUGGAGAGACUGCGCGCGGCGUCUACCCAGCGUAGGACCGCUGACGAGGCUGAGAUAGCGAAGCUCAAUGCUGAUUUGAAGGAUCAGAAGGCGGAGUCGUCAAGGCUAACGCGUGCUGUUCAGGAGCUUGAGGGACAGUUAACUGAUGGUAUCGACAGAGAGAACCGUAUCGUUCAACUCAACAACGAUCUAGACGCGAAGACUGCAGAACUGAAGAAGUCCAGGGAGGAGUCAACCUCUCAUGCCCAGCAACUUGAAAAUCGCAUUGGUGACUUACAGGCUCGUCUCCAGGACCAUCGCGAGAAUGUUUUCGCUUCAGAACUCCAAACUGUGCGUGAAAAGCGCAGUGAGCAAAUUAAAACGCUUAACGCACGAGUUCGAGACCUCGAAAAGGAGUUGGAACAAGCCGCGACCAACUCUCGCGAUUCACUUAGUAAAGAACGGGAGCGAUACCAACAGAUGUCCGUUGAGUUUCAAAAACAACAAGCAGCGCUAUCUCAAACAACUGAAGAUCUCAGUACUGUCAAGGCCGCUCUUGAAAAAGAAUUUGAGGACCAUGGUAAUACCAAGUCACUGUUGGAGCUUUUACAAAGCGACCUUGUGGACUCUCAAAAAGCCAUCUCAAUUCUUAACAGUCAAUUAGAGGCCACCAUGGCUGACCACAUCGAAUUUGGAGAGGAAGCGCAAGAUUCGGACUCGGCGAUGGACCCGGAUGCACCAGAAAGUACUCCGUCGGCGACUGGAAAAUCUCAAAAAGCGGCGGGCAAACGUCGUCAAAUGUCGAUGAUGCCGGAUACCACCCUAUAUACGCUUAUGAACCAUAGGAACGGCGACCUGCAGGUAAAUAUGGAGCCAGAAAAUUCAGCAGAACGACCCACCUUUUCAAAUUUUUUUAACCAAACGGAAUUUACUCCCACUCUCUCUACCUCUGCGAACCGUUCUUCGCCCGUCCGAGACGGUGACCUGGCCUCUUCUUCCAAUCCAGGGCCAUCAAUACCCAACAGAUUUUCAAAGCCGGGUCACUAUCGAAGAGGUAGAGCUACACAUCAAUCUCCACCUCCACCUUCCAGUGCUAUACCCAGAUCUGGUCGAGACGAUGUGCGAGGAGUCGAGGCUUCGACAGCCUUCCAUGCAGAUACUCCGGCAACGGUCGCUGACCCCUCUGUGGUUCCACCUCACUCUGUAUUCUCUUCGACGCCUCCUGUCACUCCUGUUCCUCCUGUUGCCUCAGUAUCUGCUGCUGAACGUGCUUUUCAAGAAAGAAUAUUGAAUACGCUAAGCACUCUGUCGAGUGAUGUGAGAGGCGUCGUUUCGGACGUGCAAGAACUUCGGUCUAAUGCAAAUACACAACCUGCAACCCCUCGUAGGAGGAUUCCAAACAGGAAACCUUACUCUCCUUACAAGCAAGCUGGUCCUAAUGCCAGCCGGCAGUUACAACAAUAUCUCCUCGGAAUAUCCGAAGAUGACGACAUCUUCAUAAUGGAUUCCAUUCACAUUGCAUCACCAGCCGAAGUAGAUAAGUUCGAGAAUUCGCUACGAGACCCCCCACCAUUGGAACCUCUUCAACUUCACUUCGACCAAGUGAAAGUGAAAUGGAACGCUUAUCUUGCGGACCUCUUUGCUGAACAGUUCUUGCGAUUACACAGCAAUCUUAAUGCUACUGCCGAUCAAAUCAAGGAACACUUCAUGGCAAGAGUGCAAAUGUUUCGUGAGAAAUUGAUUUCCAUCGUUCCAAGGCCAGGAGAAACCAGCGAACAAUGUUUCGAUCGCGUAAGGGAGGAACGUCUAAAUGCCAAUCGCAGGAAGCGGCGCCGCACUAGGCAACGUAAUAAGUUGUAUGUGGACCGUUAUAGUAACUGCAUAGAUGCCGGUCGUCAUGAUAUUGCAGAUGUCGUCUUGACACUUGGCAAAGAUGGAAUGAGCGAAGACGAAACAGACGGAGAAGAUUCCACAGUCGUCCUUUUGACGCAAUGGCGCAACCCAAAGCUCCUGACUCCAUUAAAGAUCGCUGAUAGCCUGCGACCGGCUACAAGCGUCAAUGGAACCAGACGACCAGGUAGCCGACCCCUUAAACGCAGAAGACUACAAUCCGCACGGGAAGGUUAUCAACCAGCUCCAGAUCAGCGUCCAGAAAAUUAUUACUAUUCUUCUUGGCGGGCCUGCUUAUCUUGUUAUGAUAUAGCGCUCUUGAAAAUGAAAGAUGCAAAACCAUUUUUCGGGGAGUAG